GUCCGCAGGAAGCUGAGGCCGGCGAGGGUCCUGGGCUUCCUUUUCAGCCUCCUGGCGGCCUGCGCCGUCGUGUCCCUCAGCGCCGUGACCUGGAGCAGGACCCGGGUGGGGGAGCUACAGCCGUCCCGGGAGGCCCGCCCGGGCCCGGGGCCCGCCGCGCACCGGGCCCUCCUCUCCACCGAUCGGCUGGACGACUCCAACGCCUCGGCGGACGACGCCCCGGUGGCCAUGAAGUGGCACGGCGCCAACGGGACUUUCGAGAUGCAGGGGGACUACCCUCCGGACCUGUUCACCCUGGCCGAGCGCAGGAGGGGGGCCGUGGUGGUGCACAUGAUGGGCAUGCUCUACAUGUUCAUCGCCCUGGCCAUCGUCUGCGACGAGUUCUUCGUCCCCGCGCUCACCGUCAUCACCGAGAAGCUGCAGAUCUCCGACGACGUGGCGGGAGCCACCUUCAUGGCCGCCGGGGGCUCCGCUCCGGAGCUCUUCACCUCCCUCAUCGGGGUCUUCAUCUCCCACAGCAACGUGGGCAUCGGCACCAUCGUGGGCUCGGCCGUCUUCAACAUCCUCUUCGUCAUCGGGAUGUGCGCCAUCUUCUCACGGCAGAUCCUCAACCUGACGUGGUGGCCGCUCUUCCGGGACGUGUCCUUCUACAUCGUGGGGCUGGUGAUGCUCAUCAUCUUCUUCCUGGACAACAAGAUCACGUACGGGGAGAGCGUGGGCCUGCUGCUCUGCUACUCCAGCUACGUCACCUUCAUGAAGUUCAACUCCAACAUGGAGAGCUUCAUCAAGUCCAUCUUCAACAGGAACCAGGUGAACGAGCUGGAGACCAUGCCCAAGUUGGAGUCUUCUGCAUUGCUAUCCAAUGCAAGUUACGCACCGUACGGAGAGCAGAGUCCGGGCCCAGGGGAGGAUGGGACCAGGUUGACGACCAAGCCCCGCCUCCAGAGAGGUGGGAGUUCCGCCUCCCUCCACAACACCCUGAUGAGGAACAGCAUCUUUCAGUUGAUGAUCCACACACUGGACCCGCUCAGCGAAGAAUUUGCAGAUUCUGAACUUGGGACUUACGGAAAACUAAAAUAUUAUCAGACAAUGUCCGAGGAAGGAAAGUUCCGUGAAAAGGCAUCCAUUCUCCACAAGAUGGCUAAAAACAAGUGCCAGGAAGACGGGGACAAGGCUAACGGGGUACCAGGUCAUACUGAUAAGAACCUGCCCACCUGCUCCAGUGUGGAUGUGCAGGUCACCCCUCCCAUGAAUGGCACCACAGGGCAAGAUCCGGGGCAGGAAACGGGCCAAGAGACGCAGAGUGAGGAAGAGGAGGAUGAAGAUCAGCCCCUCAGUUUGGCCUGGCCAGAGACACCUCGAAAACGCAUCACAUACCUUCUCAUCUUCCCCAUUGUGUUUCUCCUGUGGGUCACCCUGCCGGACGUCAGGAAAGAGUCUUCCAGAAGGUUCUUCCCCGUAACUUUCCUUGGUGCCAUCUCUUGGAUUGCGGCCUUUUCGUACCUCAUGGUGUGGUGGGCGCAUCAGGUGGGAGAAACCAUUGGGAUCACGGAGGAGAUCAUGGGAUUGACGAUUUUAGCGGCGGGAACGUCCAUCCCAGACCUGAUCACCAGCGUCAUCGUGGCUCGCAAGGGGCUCGGUGACAUGGCCGUGUCCAGCUCGGUGGGGUCCAACAUCUUCGACAUCACAGUGGGCCUGCCGUUCCCAUGGUUACUCUACUCGUUAAGCCACGGGCUGAAGCCGGUGACGGUCAGCAGCAACGGGCUCUUCUGCACCAUCGUGCUGCUCUUCCUCAUGCUGGUCUUCGUCAUCAUCUCCAUCGCCUCCUGCAAGUGGAGGAUGAGCAAGCUCCUGGGCGCCAUCAUGUUCCUGCUCUACCUGGUCUUCCUGGUGUUCAGCGUUCUCCUGGAGGACAAGAUCCUGGAGUGCCCCGUGUCCAUCUGAGGCCGAGCCCACGUGCCCUCCGCGGGGUUAACUCUGGAAGCUGGAGGGAGGAGGGUUAUUAGGAGGAGGUCUGGCCUGGUUUGGGUUGGAGGCAUCAAGAUGGACGGACUUGAUGGUGUGGGAGCGUGUGUGUGUGUGUGUGUGCCCGGAGGGGGGUUUUUGAUGGGUGGCCAUGUUAAGCUUAGCCCAAUUGUUUUGUUUGUUGUCUUUUUUUUAUUUUAUUUUUUACCGGAUGUACAGAUGGGCUGUAUGGUAUUAGCACAUGUACAGACUGAGCAUGCACCCCCCCCCCCCCCCCCCUUCCCCUCUCUUGGGCCUUGGUACUAUGUGAAGGGAGAGAGACAAUCUAAAACUGCCCUUUAAGAGCUCCACUGCACACUGCAAUCUUAACACCAGCGAAGGAACCGGUGAAGAGAGCUUUCACGGACAGGCCAGAGAGCGGCCCCUGCCGUGACUUUUGACCUUUAAAAAAAGCCUUUCAGAGACAGCGGCAUUGGAUGGGUUCAUCGCCAGGCCUACGCCGCCACCCGUGAAAACGCCGCCUGACCCAUGCGGACCUGAGCAGGUGCAUUCUGGGUGGGAGUGGUGUUGUUCUGUACAGAGUGGGAGGACGGACAGGAGUUGCAGCUCUUUCGAUACCUAAUGUAUCAACGGAUUCCACGGCGCUUAGCACCUCCGAGAGGAUGGAACCUGGGAGCUUGUCUCCUCCUUCGGCGACAAUAGACAACAAGAUUAUCAAAGCUGCUUUGGAAAUCACUAAAGAAUUAUGGGUGGCAGGGUGAUGCCUAACGACUCAUUUACAUUGCACUCGAUAACACCCACAGUCCAGAGUUAGCUCUGAAAGCUACAGAAAGUGACUAGGUAUUUUUUUCAAUUUCUUUCAGUACGAUGGCUGAUAUUAGUAGUAAAAGUGGUAGUUCUAUUGCUGUUCGUCUGACGUCUCCUGAUAAACGGCUCACACAUUCAGAUUGUAUAGAGAGCGUUCAGUGUUUUCUAUAUUAAUUGGGGGAUGUAAACAAUAAAUGUGAUUAAGCCUAUAUAAACAAUGAGCUAGGAUUGUAACCAUGGUUACAGCAAAACAUGUACAACUUCCAUUUGUAUUAUGCUCUAUUCAAGAGAAUGAGCACAUGUAGAAUCAUAUUUUCCCAAUAAAAAAUUCUGUGUUAGAACAACAGAUGACAACUGGCAUUUCAGAAAAUGUUACUCAUCAAACCAAUUCCUGACAUCAUCAAGCUAUUUUUGAAUAUGAGGAAGACGGUCACAGGCGGGUCACAGUCAAACACAUCAACGUGCUAGACCACUUAUUUCCUCAUUAGAAACAGCCUCCUGGAAAUGUUAAGGCAGGUACACAUGUAGAAAACCCAUUGAUAUUAAUGUGUAUGUCUAUUUUCAAAUGAAAGAUGCUAUUGUCCAUGUGUGCAUAAGCAAAUACUUGCACAUGUCAAUGUCAAAUAAAGAAGCAUAAACUUGAUUAGAAUACGCAUACUGAUAAUUAGGAAUAGUAUUCCAUGGCUGUUGUGCAUUGCUGGUUUUGCAAUAUGUCUUCUAUAUAUUUUCUAUUGGGGUACAAGUAGGAUUUUUUCCCCACUGGGUGCAAAUGUCAUUCCUGUAAUCCUUGGUUUCCCUUUAGCCACCAAACAUGUAGAUUCCAGAGCAGCAUUAGCAACAGUAGAACCUGUAUUGUCAUUGGCUAACAGUCCACCAAUCGGUGCUGUUGUCCUGGCCCCUCUGUACCCUCAACACUCUGAAUAUGUGCAUUGUUUCCGGGUACAGUAUGGCUACUUAUGGUUUAAUUCUUCUCAGAAUUUUGCGUGUUCUGCCCACACCAGUCAAUAGCUGUACUCCAAAAGUUUGUGAAUAUAUAUGUAAGUGCACCUUUGUCCCAGUACUGUUGUGCACACAAACUGUAAAUUAUUUUUAAGUAUAAAACUUUGUAUGUGUAUUACAUUUGAAAAAGAAAAAGGAUGUAUUGGGCUUGGUUAUUCCCAAGAAGGCAGGGUGUUAUUUGAAUUUUAUUUAUUUAUUUUGCUUUUGUAAAUAAAAAUAAUAUAUACAUAUGGAUAUUUAACAUUGCAAAUGUAAGGAAAUGAAACCUGUUGAAUGUACCAACCCAGCAUCCCCUUUGUCCAUGUUUCGGUUGUUAUUUGGAUUUUUAUUUUUUUAACAGAAGGAAAAAAUGCUUCUGAAGAGCUGUAUUAUAAACGCAGAACAAUCCAGAGCACGACUACCUUGGAUGGAAUGAAAAAUGGCUGAAAAACCUUUAAUAUUCUAUAUACGUACGCACUUUAAAGCUCAAGGCCUGAAUUGAUUUCAAUGGAAAUUACCUCAUAAUUGUUCCAGCAACAGAGACACAUCCUCUAAGUUUUUAUUUAUUUCAUGUCCCCUUGCUGCCAGAAGUCAGUGUGCUGCUGUAAAGUUGGCAAACCUUGUCAGUGCAGUAUGUUAUCUUCCUGGUACUAAGGCAUAUUGUGCCCCAUUUCUUUCAUUUUUUUUGCUUGAAGACUGAUGCUUUGCAGUAUUGUUUGUACUGUGCAAUGGGGAAGGGGGUGUGGUCCAGUUGUCAUGGUGAUGUCUGCUGGUUGGGGCAGUGAAAUUGAUGCCUCUGCCCUGCCUACUUGCUUUGCGUCACCUUAAAAACAGGGGUGCCCAAUCAUGAGCCAGGGAGGGCCAGGAGUAUGCAGGCUUUCAAUCCAACAAAUCACUAUACCUGCUGAUUUCACUAUGUUAGUUCCCUCCUGUGUGGUUGAACGUGUGAUAAUUAGUGAAAUCAGCUGGUAUUGGUCAGAAUAUAAACCUGCAUACUCUCAGUCCUCCAUAGCACACGAUUGGGCACCUCUGCCUCAGACCUUCUGGGGCUAGCACUAGGAUUUUGGGGUCUAGAGCAGGUUGGGGGGGUUGUGGACCAGUGGGUAUUUUGCUGACUAACAUGAAUGCAACGCAUCAUUCCGUUUUUCCACACCUACCCUCCCUCCCCCCCCCCACCCCCCCCACCCCAUUUUGUGACCUUGGAAUUUUAAGGUUCUUUCUGCAUUCUGAGUAGUUUCUAGAUGUUGAGCGUCAAAGCUUUCACGUCCUAACACAGCAAAACUGAAAUGCCAGGGCAGUCCUUCAUGAGUUCAGUUUUUGUUUACUGUGAGCCAUUAAUGGGCUCUGAAUUCCAAUGUGUGAUUAUGCAGCGAUGUCUUCAUACACAGGAGGCAGGACAAUGCGCGAUAAUCUCGGGCAGGCGGGUUAAACUGCAAUGCUUCUGUUCAUUGUGAAAACCGUUAAGUACAACUACGAAAUCUAAAAUAAAUAUAUCGGUGGACUACUUUUAUUCUUGCAUUGUUAAGGUUUCCUUUCUUUUUAUUUCUCUCUUUCUCUCGCUCUCUCGCUCUCUCUCUCUCUCUCGGUGUUCAUGUAUGAUUUAUUUUUAACCGUACAAAUAUACACACAAAAGAACAAUAUAAUCUCUUGUAUACUUGAAUCUAAAUAAAUGGUAUUUCUUUAUGUAAAAAAACACAUGAAGUAUGUAACAGAAUAUGGAAAUAAAGUUAUGAAGAUGUUA